UGCCAUUUUCCCAAUUUUUUUCGUCAGCGCCACUAGCUUUUCUGUUGCAUAUCCUCUGGAAAUAUUCAUUAGUAUACAAAAUUAAUAAUAUUUUUUAAAUUGCCUUUCACGCGUAAGCAGUACGUUUCUCACGGCUUUUUUUUUUUAAUACUGAAAACAUUUUUCGAGGGUACACAAACGCUACACGACGAACAGUGACGUCACAUGACACAUAUACACGGAAGUACGGCGCUUGUUGUUUUGCUAGUGUUGUUAGCCUAGCCUUUUCCGACACAUAAAUGCCCUGAGAGUAUAAAUAAGUGCACUAAAUAAAUGGUCAGGAUGACCCAGAAGCUUUGCCUGGAGGGUCAGGUGUACUCUGUGCCUCUCAUCCAGCCAGACCUGAGGAGAGAAGAGGCUGUUCUUCAGAUAGCAGAUGCAUUGUUCUUCCUGGAAACCAUCUCCACAGAUAUUUUCAGGAGGGUGUCCGAGAGUGUGGAAAAAAAUCGCUGCCACCUGCAGAGUGUCACCGACAGGAUUCGACUGGUUCAGGCUCGUGUUGACAGGAUCAAAGGCAGUAAAAAAGCCACCAAGGUUUUCUCUAGUGCCAAAUACCCGGCCCCAGACCGACUCCAAGACUAUUUGUCUAUCUUCAACGGAGCCACGGACCCCUCGACACAAGCCCGUCAGCAACAAAGGAUACAUAAUAAGCUUCGGCCCUUUGAUGAGAAGACAUUACAGGAGAAGCUGGUGUAUUUCCCUGUUUGCAUAGGCAAAAAGAAGAAGUUGGAGGAUGAGACGGAAGAAGGGCUGGGCAGCCUGCCCCGCAACAUCUCCUCCGUCAGCUCGUUGUUGCUCUUUAACACCACUGAAAACCUCUACAAGAAAUACGUGUUUCUCGAUCCUCUGGCGGGAGCUGUGACCAAGACGCACACGACCAUCACGACUGAAAAAGAGGAUAAGCCUUUUGACGCGCCGCUGUCUAUCACUAAGAGAGAGCAGCUCGAGAGACAGACUGCAGAGAACUACUUCUAUGUACCAGACUUGGGUCAGGUGCCCGAGAUUGACGUGCCGUCGUACCUGCCUGACCUGCCGGGCAUUGCCGAUGACCUGUCCUACAGCGCAGACCUGGGGCCUGGCUUUGCUCCGUCCGGUCCAACACAUAGCAUUCCCGAGCUUCCGGCCUUCUCGGAGGAGAGCGGCGGUGGUGAGAUGCAUCCUAUUGAUCUUCCUCCUCCCCCACCCCCUCCACCGCCGCCCCCACCACCACCGCCUCCUGCACAUGGCAUUCCUGCAGGACCACCUCCUCCUCCACCCCCUCCGCCGCCGCCACCUGCGGAAGCCACAACAGACGGUGUCCAAGGUCCUAGCUCAGGCCAAGUGGUCGGGGCUCCCUGCGAGGUGGUCCAGCCCUCAGACGGCCGCGCCAGCCUCUUGGAGUCCAUCCGCAACGCCGGCGGCAUCGGCAAAGCCAAGUUGCGCAACGUCAAAGAGCGCAAGAUGGAGAAGAAGAAACAGAAGGAGCAGGAACAAGUUGUAGCAGCAUCCAGCGGUGGCGACUUUAUGUCUGAUCUCUUCAACAAGCUUGCCAUGCGAAGGAAAGGUAUUUCUGGCAAAGGUCCGACCGGUUCGGAUUCAACUGAGCCCCUUGCCGGUACUGGAGGAGCGUUUGCAAGAAUGUCCGACGUCAUCCCGCCACUUCCCACACCGCAGACGACGACAGACGAUGCAGAUUGGGAAGUCUGAAGGGCUGAUAGUUUCAAUUUAAUGCACUGAAAAUUAGGGUUGGAACAGUUGUGGAAUGUAUCCAGUAAAUGUUUUAACAUGGGAAGUUAACUAGAAAGUUAAAAAUGUAAGAGUAUUAUUCAAGCAUAAAAAUUGAGUUUUGAUUUGUCAUAAGCAAAAACAAUACAAAAGGAUGACAGUUUAACACUGAUUUGUAAGAACCUCAGAGCUAUUCAUUUUUAAAUAUUUUAUUGAACAUUCAAUGUUUUCGAUGAAGAACAAAAAACAUUAAAGCAGGAAUAGCAGCGAUAUUAAAUGUACUUCCAUGAAAUCCAUCAGGACCUUCACCCCACUGAAUUUAACCCUGGAGAACACUUUUUUUUAAUUUACAGUCUUUACUAUGCGCCAAAAUUGGGUUUUCAAAGGUUAAAUUCAAUAACUCGAAAAAAAAUUGAUGUGUUAAUGCCAUGAAAGGUUUCCAAAAAAUUCCAAGAAUUUGAUUUCUGUUCUGAAUUCUGUUGAUAUAUAUUAUAAAUGAAUGAAGCAUUUGAUAUGUCUUUAUGACUAGAUUGUACCAAACCGGAAGUAUUACUUAGAAUUUGAUUGUAAAAUGCUGUAUGUAAUGUAAAAAGUUCAUGAAUUUCACCAGGAGUUACAAUGCUUGUUCAAGACGCAUUUUUCUUGCAUGUUUUUCUCUUCAAUAAACCAAUGUUUGCA